UCUUCUUCAUCUUCUUCCCGGCGCCACUCAUCCAAGUCAUCAGCCAGCCAGCAGCGAACGAGCGUCGGCCACUGAGGAAGCAAGCAAUUAGCAGACUCAAAUAUAAAAUUCUUUGUUUUUCCUUUUGGGAAAAUAUCUCCAAAUUUUAGGGGUCUUUUUAUCACGAGCAUGAAGACCAACGCGCUCCUCCAUCACCUCCUCCUCCUCGUGGGGCUUUUCGCCGCUGCCGUGACGGCAAAACCGGCCAGACUGAAAUUUGUGGUGCACGAACCGUCUCGCUUUCACUUUGACAAACCCGAGAACUACAUCAGCAUGUACCACCAGGAAGGCAGCAACACCCUCUACGUGGGCGGGCAGGCCGUCAUCUACGUGCUCACCUUCACCAACCGAGGCGUACGCGAUGUGCUGAUCCCAGCACCGUCGGACCAGACCGCUAUUGACACCUGCAAAGCCAAGGCGGCGCCUCUCGAGUUGGAGUGUGACAACUUCAUCACAGUCAUUGAGAAAGUCAAUGACACCUUCAUCGUGUGCGGCACCAAUGCCGGCAGCCCUCGUUGUUGGAUGCUGGUUAACGACACGGUCCUGACCGAUGUCCAGGGCGUGGGACAGAUCGCGUCACCUUCCGACAUCUCCCCGCCGUACCCCUCGCAGAAGUCCAUCAGCUUGCCCACAGAUGGGAGUCUGUAUUCGGCCAUGUCGGCAGUGAGCGGUCACGCCGGUUCCAUCCGCCGCACGUUCGGGCCUCAAAAGCUCCUGAAGACGGAAAACAUUUGGCUGCUUAAUCCUCAGUUUGCUGGAGCCGCCAUCAUCCCGUCUACUCUUAAGUACAAGGAGGAGAUCUACUUCUUCUUCAGUGAGAUCAACAAGACAGCUCGCGUGGACGAAGAGCCGUACAGGGCCCGCAUCGGCCGGAUCUGCACGGUGGACGAGGGCGGGAUCAAAGCCCUGUUGGCUGACUCGUGGACCACCUUCAUGAAGGCGCGUGUCAUGUGCGGUGCCGGAAAUACCCAGCAGCAGUACAACAACAUGAAACAGGCGGUGGUUCUGACGGCGCAAGACAAACGGGCCGGUGUAUUGUAUGGCCUGUUUUCCAACGCGUGGGGCAGAACUGUUAUCUGUGCGUACUCCAUAGAGGACAUCGACCAGGCUUUCUCAACGUCCAAGCUGAAAGGCUAUAGCAGCUCAUUCGCCGGGAAUCGACCAGGAAUGUGCGUUCGAAAGAAUUCCACAGCUUCGGGUCACAACGACAUUAAAAACCUGGGCGUGAUUCGAUACCACCCGGAAAUUGAGGACGUGAUCCGGCCGGUGGGCGUAGCCCCGCUGGACUUGCCGACGGAUGACCAGAUCACGCACACGGUUGCAGACAUCGUUUUGGCCGUCAACGAUGAGCACUACAGCGUUCUCUACCUCGGAACAGAACAAGGAAAAGUCUUGAAAGUUCUUCACAGCAGCGAAGGGGUUUUCAUCAUCUCCCAGUACUCUAUGUUCCGCAACGAGGGGCCCGUCCUGAACAUGGCUAUCAACCCCCAAAAGGGGCAUCUGUACGUUGCCACGGCGAUGGAGGUCCAGCGGCUGCCGUUGGCCGACUGCGGUCGCUAUGGCGACACGUGUCGCGAGUGCAUCCUCUCGCGGGAUCCGUACUGCGGUUGGGACAAGGCCAGGAGGAGGUGCAUCGCCAUUCCGCCAGGAUAUAACGUCACGUCUGGGACGCUUAUUCAGAAUUUGGACCAAUCCAACUCGUCGGUUUGCGGGGAGGCUGCUGCCCUUAAGCUACGCCGCACCUCCCCUAAAGAGGUGGUGGUGCCGUUCAACACCUCCGUCUUCCUGCCCUGCCGGGUGCGCUCCUUCCACGCCAGCUAUCGCUGGGAGAAGGACAACUGCAUCAAGAACUACCCCUGCCUAUUCUCCGGCGACUUCUGCGUCCUGGGCCCGGCGGUAGACACGCCCCUGAAGGAGGGCAUCUUCCGCUGUAUGGCCACCGAGGACGGCUUCAAGGUGGAGGUGGUGUCCUUCAAGCUGGUCAACGGCGGCCGGCCGCCGGCCUCCGUCGUAGGGCUGUCACUGCUGCUCGCCGCGGCCGCUCUCUGGCUUCAUUAGCUGCAACUAGCACUAACCACGUAUCCUUAAUGACUCCCACUUAACAGGAAAUCCGCGGGAGGUUUGGUUCACAGGGCAUUUGGUAAUGAGGUACCGUUUAAAAAAGGGUGAUUCGCAAAUUGAAGUCCCUAGUUUGAAAAAACAACAUACCAAAUAACCUUUCAUUCUGAAUUCAUUGGCUGCCAUUGGCUAGGUCACUUCCUGUUAAUUUUGGUUUACUGAACAGGAUGGGACUCAAGAACGUCCCCAAAUCACUCAAAAUCAAUAGGAAGCAACCUGUAAAUGCCCUUAAAUCAACUGUAAGUGACAUGUAAAUGCCCACAAAAGCUCUGGUGUCAGUGCUAUUGACGGCGCUAGACGUCCAAUCUAGUCAAAAUGAAUUGGACGUCUACCGCCGUCAAUGGCAGUCAGUGAGCUAACGUAGACACUACAGGUAGUCCCCUGGUUACAAACUACUUCCAUUCCUACGCAGGCGAUGUAACCCGAAUUUCCGCAUAUAGCGGAAUUAACCCUUUAAAAAUUCUAAAAAACAAUCGAAAAAUUCCAAAAGGAUUUUUUUUUUUUUUUUUUAAUAGUGGAGGAUACACUGCCAUCUGGUGGCAUUGUUGGGUCUGGCUGGACUGUCGUUCAUUAAUGCUUCCAUACAGGAGCACUCAGCCAUCUCACAUGGAUAAAGGAUGGCUGCGCUCCGGUUUGGCCUACAUUAGACUAAGUUGUUUCAGCUAAUAUAUGUUUGUGUAUGCAUUUUUAAUUAAGCUUAGAGCUACAGUUUGUAGAGGUACGUGUGAGCGAUUUGCGAUGAGAAUUGUAAAUACGUUAGCAUUCGUAGCAUUUAAACUAGCGGACUUUUGUGGGGCAAAUUAGGGUAAUUUAAUUGACUAAAUUUACAUAUUGAUCAGAGUAAAGUAGAAAAUAUGAUACUGUGAGGUACAAUUAGGUAAUGACUGUGCGACAAAAAAAAAAAAAAAAAGACUGAAGACAAAAUGGUGGAAGAGACUCCGGCAUCGUAAAGUUAAAAUCGCGUAAAUCAAGUAUGUUGUGACCCGGGGACUACCUGUAUUCUAAUGGAAGAUUUAUGUAUAUUUUUAUUACAGAUAGUCCCGGGUUACGACGGACUCGACUUACGCUAUUUCGACUUUACGACGUCGGAGUCUCGUCCGCCAUUGUUUCCAGUCUUU